UGAAGCUCUUGCAUUGAGGACCAUUCUGUACGUACAGAACACACACAGAUUUUCUGCUGUUGGACUCGCCCGAUGUUGGACUCUUAGUUUCUGUUUAUCAGCCCUCAGUGAUGGAAACUGUCCAGCCGACUCUUCAGUCGUGGGUCGGCCUCCUGCACAAACAGUGAUGCUGCAGUUCUAGAUUUUUGAGAUAAGACAGACUCGCACCUCCGUCUCUUUGACGCGCUCAGCAUGGGACCCUGGCUGCUGCUCCUCUGUUGUGCUUGGACUUUGAAAUCAUCUCUCUCGUCUGUGCUGUGGCAGACUCCUGGGACUGUGUGGGUCCCUGUUGGAGAAGCGUUUACAUUACAGUGCAUACACGAGAUGAAGGUUCAGUACUGCUAUUCAACUACAAGCUGGCAUAAAGUCAGUAAAAGAACUGGACGGCUGAAUGAGAUCAGACCUGAGCUCAACAUGAAACAAACUGACACUAAAGUUUGCACUCUGACCAUCCCUAACGCCACCCUGCAGGACUCGGGCAUGUACCACUGCACCGGUUUAUAUAAUAAAAUAGUUCUGGUUGGAAAUGGCACCAGAGUCAUCGUCACCGAUCCUGGUCCACUGAGUCCCUCCAUCAUCAUGUAUUCUCCUCUGGACGUGUCCGGCCCCAUCGUCCCCCUGCAGUGUUUGGUUAUGGGAGCUGUUCCCUCUCAGGUUCAGGUCGUCUGGAUCAUUGACCACAGUGAGCGCUCGGGAUGGACGGAGUCGAGCUGGACAGACAACAGUGACACGGCCGUGGAGCACACUCGAGCUCACAUCACGCUUUCUGAGGACCAGUGGACAGAAGCAGCCCGGAUUGAGUGCCUCGUCAAGUUUGAUGGCACAAAUAUCUCGAAAUCUCUGGUACCUGGAGGUAACACUGCCGGCGUGUGCUCCUGGCUGCUGUACCUGGGCUUUGGGGCUGUGUUCCUCACCGUCGCUGUCACCGCCACUGUCGCUCUUUGUUUACGCAGAGAGAGGCGGAAGGACACUGCAGCUAAAGGGUACUGUGGCAGGAAUACUCACAGCAAACAACAGAAACAUGGGAAGAGAGACACACUCAGGCCAGCUACAGAGAGACCACCCAGGACAGAAGUGGAGUACUCCUGUUUGAACCCCGACAGCUUAAACCAGCAUCUAAACUCAGCUCAGACAGAAUUACAGUGACAAAGCCGUAACUGUAGGUUGUUUCUAGAUACGCAGUAAACACGGUGACAGUGGCAAUCAAGUUCUUAUGUAGCAAAACUGGGAUGCCGUCUUUUAAAGUGAAACUACAUUUAAUCUAAUCCAUGCAUAGUUCUUCUCACGCUGAGAUUCUUGUUUCUAGACAUUGACUGACUUGUUUAAAAUGAUUUCAUCGAGUAAAAUCUCACAAUAUCAGCAGAUAAUUUUGCUUGUGUUACAACCGCCGGCUGUAGUUACUUUUCUGUCUUUCUGGGGCCGUUUUCUGUUUUCCCAUGAUGUGCAGGUCUGUGAUUGACCUCAGGGGGGUGCACUUGGGGAGACUUUCAGAGCCAGAGAACUUGUGGAGAGGAGAAGGUCCGCUCUGCAAUGUCUUCCUGUUUUCUCAGACGCUAGAGGGCGCUCCCGAGCCAGUCCAGAAUGAGUGGGUUGAUAUGGAGCAUCUGAGUAAAAUCAUUUUUAAUGUAAAAGAAUGGAAUCAUUUCCUGACACAGAGCAGCACAAAGCAUUUUAAAACCACUGUUAUAUUUUUAGAGCUUUUAAAUUGCGCAGACAGCCAAUGAGCUGCUCCGCUCGCCCAUCAAUCAUCACGCUCCAGCAGUAAACCCCGCCUCCUGCUGCCCAAAACCUGUUUGCUGUAAAAAAAAAAAAAAAAAAA